AUGGCAAAAAGAGGCUCGCUAUACGUCCUUGGCAUAUUCUUGCCAAUAUGGACUCUUUUGAUUUAUAUUUUUUGCAAAGAGUUACUUCUCAUACGAAAAUAUCAGAAUAUUGAUAAUUCGUAUACUAUCGAUUCUCAAAAAGCAAAAGAAAAGUAUGACUCAAGUCGAAGAAGACAUUAUUUUCCGCAUUUAAAACUUUCUCGUAAUAGCUAUGAUGAGAACGCCCUAAAUUAUACAAGACAAGAUGAUUUCAAUCAUGUUUAUCCAAGGGAGAAUGCGACAAUAUUAAUGUUGGUGAGAAAUUCGGAGUUAGAAGGCGCACUGGAUUCGAUGAGAUCCCUAGAAGACAGGUUUAAUAAUAAAUAUCACUACGAUUGGACUUUCCUGAAUGACGUUCCCUUCGAUCAAGAUUUUAUCGAAGCUACUACAGCAAUGGCAAGUGGGAAAGCCCAGUAUGCCUUAAUUCCACCAGAAGACUGGAAUCGGCCGACAUGGAUAAACGAAACCUUCUUUGAAGAAAGACUACGUGAGAUGGAGGAUGAUGGAGUCUUGUAUGGGGGAUCCAAAUCAUAUAGAAACAUGUGCAGGUUCAAUUCCGGGUUCUUUUUCAAGCAGUCAAUAUUGGACGAUUAUGACUAUUAUUUUAGAGUAGAACCCAAUGUCAAAUAUUACUGUGAUUUCCCGUACGAUCCAUUUAGGAUUAUGAGGCUGAAGGGCAAAAAAUAUGGCUUUGUGAUUUCGUUAUAUGAAUACGAAGAAACUAUACCGACCUUAUGGGAUGCAGUAGAGAAGUAUUUGGAAACUAACGAAGGGACAAUUUUACCUAAAGAGGAAAGUGCGUAUGCAUUUUUGACUGAUUCAGGACUAGUCGGUAAGCACUACCCCAUUAUUGAAGCAAACUCCAACUACAACUUAUGCCAUUUCUGGUCAAAUUUUGAGAUUGGUGACUUGAAUUUCUUCAGAGGUGACGAAUACAAGAAAUUUUUUGAAUCUUUGGACAUCAAAGGCGGGUUUUAUUACGAGAGAUGGGGGGAUGCUCCUGUUCACUCAAUUGGUGUCUCCUUGUUACUGAAACCUGAUGAAAUCAUUCAUUUUGAUGAACUUGGCUAUUUCCACUCACCAUUUGGUACCUGUCCGGCAUCAUAUGCAGUUAGGCUCGAUCAGCGUUGUAGAUGUCAAAGUGAUGACGAGAGCGUCAUAGAUAUAGCACCCCAUAGUUGUUUGAUGAGAUGGUGGAAAAACGGCAGCGGCAAAUAUUUUUUGAAGGAAGAGCAACCUCAGGUUUAG